AUGGCGCUUGGUCUAAUAAGGAACAAUCUGAGAAAAAUAAUAAAGCGCAAUAUUUACACUCAACUUCCUCUUUUGAAGAAAGAUGUGCAAGUCAAGGAUCCAUUUUAUAUCGAACCAAUAGAAUAUGAUAGUCUGACUCUUAGAAAACACGAUAACGACAGACGUCAGACGCUGUACGAAUUUGGUAUGUAUGUUGCAACAUGUUUGCCAAAAUAUGUUCAGAAGGUUCAAUUGCAGCACACGGACGAACUAGAGAUCCUAGUGGCACCAGCUGGCAUGUAUCAAGUUUUGAGCUUCCUAGCUCUGCAUCAACACGCAUGCUUCAGCCAAUGCUCUUCCGCAACUGCUAUCGACGUACCUAGCAGGCAGUAUAGGUUUGAAGUGGAAUACGAUCUUAUUAGCUUCAGGUAUUCGGAGCGAAUCAGAGUGAAAACAUACACAGAUGAAUUGACACCUCUUAAGUCUGCGUACGGUAUUUGGAAGGCGUGCCAAUGGUAUGAGAGAGAAAUAUACGAUAUGUUUGGAGUAGUGUUCACUCACCAUCCAGAUUUGAGACGGCUGCUCACUGACUAUGGAUUUACCGGCCAUCCUCUGCGAAAAGACUUUCCUUUGGUGGGAUAUAUAGAAAUUCGUUAUGACGACGAAUUAAAGAAGAUUGUUUAUGAACCUGUUGAAUAUGCCGAAGAAGCACGAAAAUAUGAGUUGCAGACACCAUGGCAUUACUUGAACAAGUUCCAUGAAGGGUACAAUCAAGAAAUGCCUAAACCACAACCUAAGAAAGAAAAAGAAACAUGUCAAGCAUUCCAGCCAGAAUUCGCCGAACCGUUAAUGAAUUUGACUGUACCUAUAGGAAGAGAUGCAACAUUUAGAUGUCUAGUACAAAACCUAGGAGGAUAUAGAGUUGGCUGGGUGAAAGCCGAUACUAAAGCAAUACAAGCAAUCCAUGUUCACGUAAUAACAAACAAUCACCGAGUCGGAGUGUCACAUAACGGUCAGACCGUUUGGAAUUUACACAUUAGAAACGUACAAGAGGAGGAUAGGGGUCAAUACAUGUGUCAAAUAAAUACAGACCCUAUGAAAAGCCAGAUGGGUUUCCUAGAAGUGGUAAUACCACCAGAUUUUAUUCCUGAAGAAACAUCAGGGGAUAUAAUGGUGCCUGAAGGCGGCACAGCCAAAGUGUCUUGCAGAGCGAGAGGUAUGCCAGAGCCCCGUGUUCUCUGGAGAAGAGAAGAUGGAGCUGAUAUAGUCAUCAGAGAUCCUAAUGGGACUAAAACAAAAGUUGCGAUGUAUGAUAAGGAGGUGUUGACACUGACGAAAAUAUCACGUUCGGAUAUGGGUGCGUAUCUAUGCAUCGCGAGCAACGGAGUGCCGCCCUCAGUCAGCAAGAGGAUAUCAAUUAAAGUACAUUUUCAUCCGGUGAUCCAAGUCCCCAACCAGUUGGUUGGGGCUCCACUGGGCACUGACGUCACCAUCGAGUGUUACGUCGAGUCCUCGCCUAAGUCCAUCAACUACUGGGUUAGAGAUUCCAAUGAAAUGGUGAUAUCAUCAAAUAAGUACGAGGUGGUGAAUACAGUGAUUAGUUCGUUCGAGAGUCGCAUGGCGUUGACAGUGAGAAGACUAACAUCGGCAGAUGUUGGUGGCUAUAGAUGCGUUGCGAAGAAUUCACUUGGCGAAGUUGACAGUGUCAUCAGAUUGUACGAAAUCCCCGGACCAACAGUAAAGAACACAAGUCCAGCGAACAAAAGGGAAGAGUACAGGUAUUCCACCCCCAUAGAGGGGCCAGACAAUCAAUUCGGGUCCGCUGACACAUCGGACGACGAAGAUGAACGAGACAUCGGCACAUACACAACCGACAGACAUUCAAAUUCAUACAGAAAUGAAAAUGAUGGCAGACGCGCAGACGGAUUACCUGGUGAUAAACAAUCAGCGCCGCCCAUGGACACUCGUGAUACCAAAGGAGUUACUACAAUAGCUUUGCACUUGUACUUGUGGAUUAUAAAGAAUUUGAGGAUUGAGAAUAGGGGGGCUAGGACUGUAGGAUUGGACCUACGGUAG